UAGGCUCAACUACCACUAUGGUAUCCACAAAAUGGUGUUUCUUGUUGGUGACUAUCGCAGUAUUAACAAUGGAGGUGGUCUCUGCAUCUCAAGAGGUUCUAAAGCAGAUGUCUGUUGGCUUCAGCAAGGUUUUGCAGACAUGUAAAACUGAACUAUCAGUCGGUGAUCACAUAAUCCAAGAUUUCUACAAUUACUGGCGCGAAGACUAUGAUCUCCUGAAUAGAGAUUUCGGCUGCAUGGUGAUCUGUAUGGCGGUCAAACACGAUCUUAUCAACGACCAACUGACGAUGCAUCAUGGCAAUGCGCAUGCGUUCGCUAAAACACAUGGGGCUGACGACGACACUGCCCAGCAGUUGGUCACGAUACUACGUGAAUGCGAGGCUAAGCACCAGAGCGUCGAGGAUGUUUGCAACCGCGCGUUGGAAAUGGCUAAGUGCUUCCGCACCAAGAUCCAUGAGCUGAAGUGGGCACCGGCCAUGGAAGUCGUUUUGGAAGAGAUUAUGACCUCUGUGUAGCAGCUCAGACUGUAUUGUUAAUUACUUAUUCCAGGCAAUGCCUUUUUUUCUUCUUUAGACUAAUGCACAUAAAAGUUUUAUUAAUCAAGAAUUAAAAAAAAAAACUAAUUUGAAAAUAGAAGAAUUUAAUUUUUUUUCUUUAUAAAUAUUAAUACCUCUUUUUUAUUUAAAUGACAUUGUAUUCUUAAAAUGGUCAUAAAUUUCUAUCAAAUCUAUGCUUAAAAUGACUUGGCAUUAACUAUGGAUAUUUGAUUAUACUAUACUAUGUUCCUCUGAAUACUCGUCAGCUAGCAUUAAUGUUUUAUUUGGUGAUGGAAUAUAAAUAAAACGAACAUAUUACAGUUGUUUAUUUUA